AUGACCCAACUGAUCCUCGACCGGGACGUGAAGCUGUACAAGUUCAACUCUACCAUGAUGGUCGAGCUCAUUGAGUUGUCUCUGGAUUGCGAAACAAAUCGCGAGCUGGUGCGACUGAAGGGAAGCGGCGGUUACGGCCAGGCCUAUGGAGGAGAGUCAACGGCCUUUGUCCUCCUGUUCAAGACCGAGAAGGUUAUCUUCCCGACUACUGGCGUAUCCCAUCUGCCGCUGGACCACGACGUGAAGAUCGUCAAGUACAACGAGACCACCAGCGCCAAGCUACAGGAGUUGUUGCGGACAUGUCAGGGAUACGCCCCGGUGCUGCGACUGAAGCGAAGCGACAGCUACGGAGGAGGUAAUGCCCACACGUCCUCCUAUCUCGUCAAGACGGUCAAGCACUUCUACCCAGUGCCCGCGUAUGGUUACGAGCCAAGUUAUGGCGGAGACUCCUACUCAGCUCCAAGUUACAGCGCUCCUUCGUACUCGGCUCCAAGCUACAGUGCCCCUUCUUACUCACCACCAAGCUAUAGUGCGCCCUCUUAUUCCGCACCUAGCUACAGUGCCCCAUCCUAUUCUGCUCCAAGCUACAGUGCCCCUUCUUACUCCCCGCCAAGCUAUAGCGCACCCUCGUAUUCCGCACCAAGCUAUAGUGCCCCAUCCUAUGCUGCUCCUAGCUACAGUGCUCCUUCCUACUCCCCACCAAGCUAUAGUGCUCCCUCUUAUUCUGCACCAAGCUACAGUGCGCCCUCGUAUUCUGCUCCUAGCUACAGUGCUCCGUCUUACUCCCCACCAAGCUACAGUGCUCCUUCUUAUUCAGCACCUAGCUACAGUGCCCCAUCCUAUUCUGCUCCAAGCUACAGUGCCCCUUCUUACUCCCCGCCAAGCUAUAGCGCACCCUCGUAUUCCGCACCAAGCUAUAGUGUCCCAUCCUAUGCUGCUCCUAGCUACAGUGCUCCUUCGUACUCCCCACCAAGCUACAGCGCUCCCUCUUAUUCUGCACCAAGCUACAGUGCGCCCUCGUAUUCUGCUCCUAGCUACAGUGCUCCGUCGUACUCCCCACCAAGCUACAGUGCUCCCUCUUAUUCAGCACCUAGCUAUAGUGCCCCAUCCUAUUCUGCUCCAAGCUACAGUGCCCCGUCGUAUUCUGCUCCUAGCUACAGUGCUCCAUCUUAUUCCCCACCAAGCUAUAGUGCACCCUCUUAUUCUGCACCAAGCUACAGUGCCCCAUCCUAUUCUGCUCCAAGCUAUAGCGCUCCUUCUUACUCCCCACCAAGCUAUAGUGCUCCCUCUUAUUCUGCACCAAGUUACAGUGCCCCUUCGUAUUCUGCUCCUAGCUACAGUGCUCCAUCUUACUCCCCACCAAGCUAUAGUGCCCCCUCUUAUUCUGCACCAAGCUAUAGUGCUCCAUCCUAUUCUGCUCCAAGCUACAGUGCUCCUUCAUACUCCCCACCAAGCUACAGUGCCCCAUCCUAUUCUGCUCCAAGCUACAGCGCUCCUUCUUACUCCCCACCAAGCUAUAGUGCACCCUCCUAUUCUGCACCAAGCUACAGUGCCCCAUCCUAUUCUGCUCCAAGCUACAGUGCUCCUUCUUACUCGCCACCAAGCUACAGUGCUCCCUCGUAUUCUGCCCCAAGCUACAGUGCUCCCUCGUACUCCGCCCCAAGCUAUAGUGCCCCAUCAUAUUCUGCACCAAGCUAUAGUGCGCCUUCUUACUCUGCCGUGAGUUAUAGUGCACCCUCGUACUCUCCACCAAGCUAUAGUGCUCCGUCAUAUUCAGCCCCAAGUUACAGUGCUCCAUCGUAUUCAGCCCCUAGCUAUAGUGCCCCAUCCUAUCAUGCACCGAGCUACAGCGCUCCUUCAUAUUCUGCUCCGAGCUACAGUGCUCCCUCUUACUCCUACCCAAGUUACAGUGCUCCCUCAUAUAAAACUCCAAGCUACAGUGCCCCAUCUUAUUCUGCACCAAGCUACAGCGCUCCUUCAUACUCUGCCCCAAGUUAUAGUGCCCCAUCCUAUUCUCCCCCAAGCUACAGCGCGCCUACUUAUUCUCCCCCGAGCUACAGUGCUCCCUCUUACUCUCCACCAAGCUACAGUGCUCCGUCAUAUGCUCCUCCAAGUUACAGCGCUCCAUCAUAUGCUCCACCUAGCUACAGCGCCCCAUCCUAUGCUCCCCCUAGUUACAGCGCCCCAUCUUAUUCUCCUCCGAGCUACAGUGCCCCAUCUUAUUCUCCUCCAAGCUAUAGUGCUCCAUCUUACUCUCCCCCAAGUUAUAGUGCUCCUUCUUACUCCCCGCCAAGCUACAGCGCUCCCUCUUACUCACCACCUAGCUACAGUGCCCCAUCCUAUGCCCCUCCGAGCUACAGUGCCCCAUCCUACGCGCCUCCAAGCUACAGUGCUCCGGCUUACUCUGCACCAAGCUACAGCGCUCCGUCUUACGCUCCCCCAAGCUACAGCGCCCCCUCUUACUCUCCUCCAAGCUACAGUGCCCCAUCUUACUCUCCCCCAAGCUACAGUGCCCCGUCUUACUCUCCCCCAAGCUACAGUGCCCCGUCUUACUCUCCUCCGAGCUACAGCGCUCCAUCUUACUCUCCCCCAAGCUACAGUGCCCCGUCUUACUCUCCCCCAAGCUACAGCGCUCCAUCUUACUCUCCCCCUAGCUACAGUGCCCCGUCUUACUCUCCCCCAAGCUACAGCGCUCCAAGCAGCAGCUACGUGCCCUCGGUCACCUACACUUAUGUCACGUACGUGCCUCCUUCGUACGCAAGCUACGCCCCUCCUAGCUACGCCGUCCCAGCUCCGAGUUACGCUGCUCCAGCAGCGAGCUACUGA